AUGACAACUCCUAGUACUAGUACUACUAACGCCUCAACUGGUACUGCUGGGCUUGAAGAGUUAUCUUUGGACCCUUCUCAUCGUUAUUACAUCCAUCCUUCUGAGAGUCCUAGCCAUCAGUUAGUUCCUAUACCGUUCAAUGGCUCUGGUUAUGCUAUUUGGAGAAAUAACAUGAUCACAUCCUUGUCUGCCAAAAAUAAGUUGGGAAUGGUAAAUGGAAAAUUUCCUCAACUUGACUCUCACAAUCCAUAUUUCCAGUUCUGGGAAAGGUGUGAUCAUAUGGUUAAAGCUUGGAUCAUAAAUUCUCUCUCACGAGAUAUUGCUGUUAGUGUUAUGUGUCUUCCUACUGCUAGAGAUGUAUGGAAAGACAUAAAUGAUAGGUAUGGUCACUCUAAUGGGUCUAGGUAUAUCUAUAUUCAAAAGGAAAUUAAUUCAACUGUUCAAGGGUCUUCAAGCAUAGCUGCUUAUUUCACUAAGAUGAGGUCUCUCUGGGAUGAACUGAAUGCCUUUUAUGUUGGUCCUGAGUCCACAUGUGGUGCAUUGUCCAAGUUCAUUCAUGAUCAACAAUUGUUCCAAUUUCUUAGAGGCUUGAAUGAAGGACCUUUUCAUCAAAAGUUCAAUUUUAGCACUAUUAAACAGUUCCAUGGAUCACAGACAUGCAAAUAUUACAAGAAGCAUGGUCAUACUAUUGACACCUGUUAUAGUCUUCAUGGAUUCCCUCCUGAUUUCAAGUUCACCAAGAAUAAGAAAUCCUCUGCUUCCUGUGUUCAGCUAUCAGAUCCAGAUCCUGAUAUCAAGCCACGUUCAAACCACUACAAAGAGAACUCUUCUCAUGGUUCGUAUAAUAGCUCAGUUUUUACUUCUGCUGGCUAUAGUGUAUAUGCUUCUUCCCAAUUACUCCCUACCUCCUGGGGCCCUUCUCUGAAGAGGCCACUGGAAAUUGGUAAUGCUGUCAAUGGAUUAUACUACUAUCAUGCUGCUCCCUCUGCUUCUCCAGUACCUGAUCACCAGUCUGCUGUUUCUCAAGUUUCUGCUUCUAGUUGUACACAUAUUUCAAAUUCUGUCAAUGUAUCUCACGAUAUCCCACCUGUGAUUCCCUCUUAUUGUAAUUCUUCACAUAUUUCUAAUAAAAUGGAUGUAUUUUGGCACCAGAGACUUGGUCACAUGCCUUAUCAUAAAAUGAAAUCCAUUCCUUCUCUUCAGUCUCAGCUUUCUCCAAGUUAA